CUAACGUAAUUAACAAUCGUCCGGGUAACUUGGCUGCUCUCCGGCACACAGCAAGUUGUGCAAUCACGUGACUGGCCCAAACCUCACAGCCCUGGAUUUUGCCGGCCGGGCCCAGAAGGACGGAACUCUGUCGCCAUUUCCGGUCUCUAGAUCAAGGCUUGAACGUCACUUCCUUAGCGAUGCUCCUUAACCCUUUCCAUCCUCGCUUUCUGCAUUGCAGCUUACAACGCAGUCUUUGUAAAAAAUUUAUGUUUGCGUUUUCCUUUCAUCGCAAAAAGUUAAUAUUCAAGCGAUCCGCUAAGAUUCAAGUACGCAAGACGCCGCGCGCCAGGAUGGGGGUGGCAGGGCGGAGCUCGUGGUCACGUGUCUAGCUAGAACCGCCCCCCCUGCAGCUGAAGACUUCCCCUCCCACAGUGACAGAGCCUCGGGGUCGGUGGUCGGGACAGUUUCUGCUGCUUCAGUCCAAGCAGGUAAAUUAACACAAUGGAUUUUUCCAAACUACCCAAAAUACUUGAUGAAGACAAAGAAAGCACAUUUGGUUAUGUGCAUGGGGUCUCAGGACCUGUCGUGACAGCCUGUGACAUGGCAGGUGCAGCCAUGUAUGAGCUGGUGAGAGUGGGCCACAGCGAGCUGGUUGGAGAGAUUAUUAGGUUGGAAGGUGAUAUGGCUACUAUUCAGGUGUACGAAGAAACCUCUGGUGUGUCGGUUGGAGACCCUGUACUGCGUACUGGUAAACCCCUCUCAGUAGAGCUUGGUCCUGGCAUUAUGGGAGCCAUUUUUGAUGGUAUUCAAAGGCCUUUGUCAGAUAUCAGCAAUCAGACCCAAAGUAUCUACAUCCCAAGAGGAGUAAAUGUGUCUGCCCUUAGCAGAGACAUCAAGUGGGAUUUUACACCAUGCAAAAAUUUACGGGUUGGCAGUCAUAUCACUGGUGGAGAUAUUUAUGGAAUUGUCAAUGAGAACUCACUCAUCAAACACAAAAUCAUGUUACCUCCACGAAACAGAGGGACUGUAACUUAUAUUGCUCCACCUGGGAAUUAUGAUACCUCUGAUGUAGUCUUAGAGCUUGAAUUUGAAGGUGUAAAGGAGAAGUUCAGCAUGGUCCAAGUAUGGCCUGUCCGUCAGGUUCGGCCUGUCACUGAGAAGCUGCCAGCCAAUCAUCCUUUGCUGACUGGCCAGCGAGUCUUGGAUGCCCUUUUUCCGUGUGUACAGGGAGGGACGACUGCUAUCCCUGGGGCUUUUGGCUGUGGAAAAACAGUAAUAUCACAGUCUCUGUCCAAGUAUUCUAACAGUGAUGUGAUCAUCUACGUAGGGUGCGGUGAAAGAGGAAACGAGAUGUCUGAAGUUCUCCGAGACUUCCCAGAGCUCACGAUGGAAGUGGAUGGGAAGGUGGAGUCGAUUAUGAAGAGGACAGCUUUGGUAGCCAAUACCUCCAAUAUGCCUGUUGCUGCUAGAGAAGCUUCUAUCUAUACUGGAAUUACACUGUCGGAAUAUUUCCGGGACAUGGGUUACCACGUCAGCAUGAUGGCUGACUCUACCUCCCGAUGGGCUGAGGCCCUUAGGGAAAUUUCUGGUCGCCUCGCUGAAAUGCCUGCAGAUAGUGGAUAUCCUGCAUAUCUUGGUGCCCGGCUGGCCUCCUUCUAUGAGCGAGCAGGCAGAGUAAAGUGUCUUGGAAAUCCUGAGAGAGAAGGGAGUGUGAGCAUUGUAGGAGCCGUUUCUCCACCUGGUGGUGAUUUUUCUGAUCCAGUUACAUCUGCUACUCUUGGCAUUGUUCAGGUGUUUUGGGGCUUAGAUAAAAAACUGGCUCAACGUAAGCAUUUCCCCUCGGUCAACUGGCUCAUCAGCUACAGCAAAUACAUGCGGGCCUUGGAUGAGUACUAUGACAAACACUUUACCGAGUUUGUUCCUCUGAGGACCAAAGCUAAGGAAAUUCUGCAGGAAGAAGAAGACCUGGCAGAAAUUGUGCAGCUUGUGGGAAAGGCUUCAUUAGCAGAAACAGAUAAAAUCACUCUGGAGGUAGCAAAACUCAUCAAAGAUGACUUCCUGCAACAAAACGGGUAUACUCCUUAUGACAGGUUCUGCCCAUUCUACAAGACAGUAGGGAUGCUGUCCAACAUGAUUGCAUUUUAUGACAUGGCUCGUAGAGCUGUCGAGACCACUGCCCAGAGUGACAGUAAGAUCACAUGGUCCAUUAUCCGUGAGCACAUGGGGGAGAUCCUCUACAAACUUUCCUCCAUGAAAUUCAAGGAUCCAGUGAAAGAUGGAGAGGCGAAGAUCAAAGCCGACUAUGCACAGCUUCUUGAAGAUAUGCAGAAUGCAUUCCGUAGCCUUGAAGACUAGAACUGUGAUUUCUUCCCUCCUUGUCCUCAGCAAGCUCAUAUGUGUAUAUUUUCCUCAAUUUCUCAUCUCAAACGCUUUGCUUCUUUAUUGUGCAGCUUUGAGACUAGUGCUGUGUGUGUUACUUGUUUUGCUGUUUAUUUGGUAGGUCUUAUAUAAAACAAACAUUCCUUUGUUGAAGUGUUUGACGGGCCUCCCUGAUCCUUUUUCCUGAAGUGGUGAAUGUAGUAAAUACCAUAAACAGUGGCUAUACUACUGUAAACGUGUGUGGAGGAUGACAACCCUCCUUGUCCUAGGUUUUCUCUUUCCUUGUCUCCCUUAAAUUGUAAACAGGACUACUGCAUGUGCACUCUUUGCAAUGAAUUUGGAAUGGAAGGCCUGAUUUCUAAACCUUUUGACAGGUACUUUGUGACACAACUCAGUAUCUAUGUGGUAAGGCCAUGUGGAGCUUAGCGUUUGCUAAGUAACUCUUGCAGGAAAUACUUUUUAAACAGUGAGUGAUUAAUGUUCCAAUUAUGCAUAGCUUUUCCAGUAUAAAUCAGGAAUAUUUAUGGGGAACUGUUGGAAACUGUGCUGUUUUGAAACAGGCAUUUUGGGGCUCAGCAGAAUAGGUGAAUCAUUACUCUCUAAAAAAGUGGGAAAAAGAGCCAGAUAGUCAAACUUUGAUGAACAUCAUUUUUAAAAGUAGGAACAAUUCAGUAUCAAGGACUAUUAUAUACUCCAUUACUAGAAAAUCCUUUUUUAAAAAUAUAAUUAAAACAAUCAUCAAAAACUUGAUCCACAUCAUAUCUCUUUCUUUUCCUCAAACAUCAUAUAAGCCUGUGCUUCUGAGAAGCAUGUGGCGGGAUGACAGUCAGUAAAGGCCACAGAGAAGAGAUAUAAUACUAGUAGUUUAAGGCUGUUUGCCCGGUAAGACCCAGGUGGGCUGUCGCGAUUCUUGGGGCCAGAGUGGGACGAUGUUUUUACAGAGUAUUGACGUGUCACAUGUUUGCAUGUUUCUUGUUGAAUAUUUGAACAGCCAGUUUGCCAGAUGUAGAAAGUUUUAUCUUCACGUGGUUUUUCAUUCAGUGGCUCAGAAAAUUCCUCAGACUAUCCAUGGCUAUAUAGCAGCAUAACAGUUUCCACUCCGUUUAAUGGGAAUGAAAUUAAUGCUUACAUUGACUGGUAACAGAAUCUGGGUCAUGUGAAAGAGAAGAUCAUUUCACCCUGUCUUUUCAGGAUAUGCGUAAGAAUAAUUUCAGUGUAUGUUUAAAAAUAAUAAGGCACACUUGUAGAAUAGCUCUAAGAUCAAGUUUCCUAUUAAGUCUCUUGGUGGACGUUGCUGGCGCUGUUGCUCUCUCUGGGGAGAGGGAAGAGCAUGUGAACAUGUCUAACAAUCUCAAAUACACCAAUGUUAUACCGUAAAUAAAAGUAUUUAUUUUAUGCCUCAGUAUAUUAUUUAAAUUUUUAUGUAAUACAUUUCUUUUGGUCAUAUAAAGAAAGAUGCAGUCAGUAGAGAAUUCAGAUAUAGUUUUAUGUAAAUUUUUGCAUCUUGCGUGUUUUUGCAGUGGACUGCUAUUCAGGAAAAAUGUUCUUCCAUAUAGUUUUUGUUAACCUUUCAGGAUAUUGACAGGUAAGAAUUACGCAGUGAUUUGUUAAGAUGUGGACCUAAUGGUGCUGCUUAAUGAGACCUCCUUCCUAUCUAUAGGCCCUAAAACUAGUGAAAGUGAAAAGGAUUUUUAAAACUUUCUUUUCCUACAUUAAACCUACCAGCAAACAGAUUGUGGUCAUACUGAGUGAUAUGAAGAAACUAAUUGACCAAGUUUGUUUUUUGUUGUCCUGAAUUUGAGAUGUACAUUUUUUUUUCCUUUUAAGAAUGUUGAUGUAUGAGUGGGAAGAUGCUAGAGAAUCUAUGCUCAGAUAUCCAUCGUAAGUGUCCCUUCACCUACAUGUUGUAGAAUUUCAGAUUGGUAAUUGAUAGUAUUUCUGUAGAAAGAGUGUGUUAAAUUACAAGCAAUCUUUUAAAAAGAUUAUGCAGUUCUCUAUUUAUUGUGCUGUGCCAGGUCAUAAGUGCAGCCAGUUAAACAAGUUUCAUAUGUAUUUUUCCAGUGUUAAAUCUCACACACUGUACUCUUUGGAAAUUUCCUUCCAUCCCGAAGAUCAAAUAGAUGCGGCCAUAUAUAUCGGCUCCUCAUCUCUGAGAUUUCACUCUUUAUGUUAAAAGUUGUGUAAAAUUAUUAAAAACCUAUGAAAGAAUAAAAAGUGGAUUUAAAUUAA